AGGCGGCCGGGCAGGCAGGCAGCGCGCUCCGCGGGGGCCCGCAGGCAGCUCCCGGCGCUCGGGCGGCGGCGGCCGGCGCGCCCUCCUUCCCUUCCUCGUCCUCGCCCUUCCCUUCCUCCUCCCUCUCCCCUCGGCCCGGGCGGCGGCGGCCAUCAUGGCGGCGGGCGGCGGCGGCGGCGGCGGCGCGGGGCCCGAGAUGGUCCGCGGGCAGGUGUUCGACGUGGGCCCGCGCUACACCAACCUCUCCUACAUCGGCGAGGGCGCCUACGGCAUGGUGUGUUCUGCAUACGACAACGUCAACAAGGUCCGGGUGGCCAUCAAGAAAAUAAGCCCCUUUGAGCACCAGACCUACUGCCAGCGGACACUGCGUGAGAUCAAGAUCUUGCUGCGCUUCCGCCAUGAGAACAUCAUUGGCAUCAAUGACAUCAUCCGGGCCCCGGCCAUCGAGCAGAUGAAAGACGUAUACAUAGUCCAGGACCUCAUGGAAACAGACCUUUACAAGCUCUUAAAGACGCAGCACCUCAGCAAUGACCACAUCUGUUAUUUCCUUUAUCAGAUCCUAAGAGGUUUGAAAUACAUCCAUUCAGCCAAUGUUCUGCACCGUGACCUCAAGCCUUCCAAUCUGCUGCUCAAUACCACCUGUGAUCUCAAGAUCUGUGACUUUGGCCUGGCUCGUGUUGCAGAUCCAGAUCACGAUCACACAGGCUUCCUGACAGAAUAUGUGGCCACACGCUGGUACCGAGCACCUGAAAUUAUGCUGAAUUCCAAGGGUUACACCAAGUCCAUUGACAUCUGGUCUGUGGGCUGUAUCCUGGCGGAGAUGCUCUCCAACAGACCCAUUUUCCCUGGAAAACAUUACCUUGAUCAGCUGAACCACAUUCUUGGCAUUCUUGGAUCCCCAUCACAAGAAGACUUGAACUGCAUAAUAAACUUAAAAGCCAGGAACUAUUUGCUGUCUCUUCCUCACAAAAACAAGGUCCCAUGGAAUAGACUCUUCCCCAACGCCGACCCCAAAGCUCUGGAUUUGUUGGAUAAGAUGCUGACAUUUAACCCUCACAAGAGGAUCGAGGUGGAGCAGGCACUGGCCCAUCCCUACCUGGAGCAGUAUUAUGACCCAAGUGAUGAGCCUGUAGCUGAAGCCCCAUUCAAGUUCGACAUGGAGCUGGAUGACCUGCCCAAGGAGAAGCUGAAAGAGCUGAUUUUUGAAGAGACGGCUAGAUUCCAGCCUGGAUACCGAUGUUAAACUUUACAGGGGACCCUGACAUGCUCUGCAGGGACGUUCCUCUCCUACUUUUUGGUCCUUGGUCGUGUCCCUCUGGCCUGUCUCGGCUUCUCCACUUUUAACUCCUCGGAGCCGUUCCGAGGGGCGGCUUCUGGUAGUUGUGGCUUCUCUGCUUUUGAUGAAUUCUUUCAGCCUGAAGAAUCGUGAUUGACACUCCUGUGUGUGUUCCCCAUUGGUGACUCGUCUGAGGACACUGACUGCUCACCACUCGUUUAGUCUCCUGCUUGCUUUCCGGUUUGAGAGAUGCAGCGGUCCCGUCCACUCCUGACCCAGUGCUAGACAACUUCCCCGUGGAUCCUUGAGUUGACGCGGUAGAUUCCAUUUCUCUGACUUGGCUUCAGUCACUGGCAUCUUGUUUUAUCCUGUCGUAUUGAAGGGAGAGCUAGAUUAGAACUGUUUAGGGCACUUUACGUCAGUGACACCCCCUCGUUUGCACUUCGACUUUGAACCAUAACUGUUUACCCCAAGCAGGAAAUCAGUGAAAUCGAUCUUAAUUCGAGGUCAGCAGACCUAGCAAGUGUGUCUUUCACCUUCAUCCCAGGGAUGCCCUUAGCCUCCAUUUUCCUAGACCCAGCAUGGAUGGGUGGCUCUUUUCUUAAAGGGUGUAUGCUCUUUGUCAAGCUCCUAGGAAAUUAGGGUUCUGUUCCAAAGGCUGGAGCUGGCUGCCCUGCAGUGUUUGUGCUGGUGUCCGGUGGCUCCCUGUCCCAUUCCUGGGGGCCCUUCCAAAGCUCAUGUUAUAUGCAGUAGUGAGUGUUUACAAAAUGUAUGCAAAAAGAACUCCCCCCCAUGCCCACCCCCGACCCCCAGGGCAGCUGACUUGCUAUCUGGUGAGAGAUACACAGAGAUCACAGGGAGAGUUGAAUGAGUGGACACCUGCCCUGGAGGGAGGGAGCAGAAUGACUGAAAUGCUCCCCACCAGCCAUGUGUGUGAGGCAGUGGGUUGCUGGGAGUAGAGGAAGGGGUCCCGCUCUUCCUGCUCCUGCAGCAUGUCUGUCUCCCCCACUCUUUUCCCGACCAACCCCCCCGCCCCCCCCAAGCCGUGCCUGGCAGAACCCAGCACCAGAGUCCUCCUUCCUCAUCCUGAGGUCAUGUGCCGAGGAACCUCCCAGGUGUCCUGCCCUAUGCCGGGUACCUCUCUCCUCCCUCCGCUGCUCUCCUCUCCGUGGUGAGAAACCUGCCUUGUUCCAGAUAAUGACCGUGCCCUCGCAUGAUUGUCACUGCUUUCUGUGCACAGACGACUGUCUUAAGCGCCCCAUGCCUAUUGACGGAGACAAAAAAUCUCGCGUUACCUCUGAGUUGUUUCCCAACGAGUACCUUCGGAGAAAGAAUUCUGUUUGUAGCUUCUUGUUCCCCCUGCUCUCCUCUUCCUUGUUUAAUUUGGGCAGCGAAGGAGAAUGGAUUCUAUGAGACUGCCUGCUGAUAUGAACAGAAAUGCACUUGUAAUUCAUGGAAAUAAACUGAAGUCUGAUAUCUUCACACUAACGUUAAAAUUUAGUUUGACUUUUCUCCAGGCUAGUGUGUUUGGAUGGGCAGGUAGGCUCAGCGGCACCCCUGGGCAGAGUGCUUGCCUGCCUGAGGUGGUCAGGGAAAGGUGACUUUUGUACGAUGCCGUGCUCAGACAUCUCUCGCCCUCCGGCGUACAGGCGGAGCAUGGCCUCAGUUUUUCUCAGUCCCUAUGCUAGGUAUGAGAGAUUUAGUAGGAAAAAAAAUUGUGACCAAGAACUGUUCUCCUUUGGAUGGAAUCUUCUGUGGCAAUCUCUGAUUCCACAGGAUUUCUGUGCAUUUGGAACAAUCAGUCCCCAUCCCCUACCCCCUUAUCGAGGGCAUCCAGUAAGCGGUUAGCCGUCAAGCUUGCAGACUUUCCAGGCCUCGUCCAGCCCAACAAGAGGAUUCUCAGUCCUGUUUGCAAAGCUGAGCUGGGUCUGUGGUGUCAAAGACACUGGGCCUCUUCAUUUACUCUUCCCACACGUGCUCGGGCCUCUCCUGGGGCUGAUAGAAUUACUUCGGUGUGUGAUGGAGAUGGAACUAACACUUUGGGUUCCUCCGUUUUCAUUUCUGAAGGAGUGUGCAUGGCUUUAUUUCCCUAUUCCCCUAUGCUUUUCAAGUGGAUUUCUCUUAGAACACAAGUUUAGAACUGGAAGAUUUAAGCCAAUCCCCUCCUUGUUUUUUGACAGUGAAGAAACUUGAGGCCUACAGAGUUCAAAUGACUUGUUCAAGGUCACACAUGUAAUAAUUAGGGUCUCGAUUUGAACCCAGAUUUUCUGCCUCCAAAUUCAACACCCUUUCCUCUGGACCAGGCUGCCUCCUUUGCCUCUGUAUUUCAAGAUUGGUCUUCAGAUCCUCCUCAAACCACAGCCUUGGGGUAUCACUCAUCUGGUGCUCUGGGCAGCCAACUAAGAUGGCGCCAAGGCCUUUGGCCACUAGUUUGUAGUCACUCUUGGCAUCGGGCAUGCCAACAGAAACCCCAUUAGAAACGUGCUAAGCACGGCCUUGGUGGAAAUGCUUUCAAAUCCCACAACACCAGAUAUGCAACAAUACACCCAAACUGCUUGAGCUUUUGUCUCUGAGACCUCAGAGUCAUUUAGGGGGAUGCUCCCCAAAAGGCUUGUAGCAGUUGAGCAUGUGCACCUGGAACCACAGACCUUUAAUGCCCACGGGGGCCCUAGCGAUCACCUCAUUCGGCUCACCCGUUUUGUAGGAGAAGACACUGAGACCCGAAGGAGUUUGGCGUGGCCGUCCUUAGUGAGAGCCCACCCUGCCCACCGCUUGUUCCACCUCCCAGUUAGACCCUUUCAGAGCAGCUAGUCAGUCAGAGCUCUUUUUCUUAUGUUGAUAUAAUUUUUAAAGAACUUGGUAACUUUUGUAGUCUGUGGUCUGGUACUAGUACGUCCAUGCCUGCAUCUGCAAACGCACGUGAUCUGGGCCCUUGCGAAGUACUUUUAUAUUUGUAAAUUGAUGUUUCCGAGUAAUCCCCACUUGGUGGGAAAUAUUUUUGUAAAUGCAGCCAUUAAAAAAAAAACAAAAACUAUUGAGCUGAUCCUUUUCAAUGCACUUGGGCUUUUAAACGGCUGUGCCGGGGUUGGAAAACCAGCGCCGCUGGAGAGAGCCUCCUGCCGAGCAACCAACCCAGGACAGCCCUUGAGAAGGAGGGGCCAUCCAAAGCUGAUGGCCGCUGCGGCUGUGCUGUCCUCCCUUCCUCGGGCUGGCUCCUUGUAGGGCACUCGCCGAACACAGCCCAGAAAAAACGGCUUCGUUUGUACUUGCUUUGUCUUGUUGGUGCCUUUUAGUAUUGUACCCCUAACCUCUGCAUAAGUGACUUCAUCGAUGCUAAGUUUUAAAGAACAUGGAAAAGGGAGAUUUUUAUUAAGAAUCUGAAUGUAUAUUAUUCAUUGUAUUGUUUUAACUGAACAUUCUCUCGUGGCAUUUGUGAGCUGGUUAAUCUGUAUAAAACGACUGUAAGUAUUUCCAGUGGGCUCUUUGGAUGUUGUACACGUACCUUUGGAAAAAAACAACCUGAUUCAUUGAGUGUUCACUGCUUUUGACAUCAGAUCAUUAAAUUGUGGCCCUGUCUCACCCAAA